UUGGCCUUCUUCCAGCCACAUCCUCCUCGACCAUGCAAGCUGCCCGCCCGACCGCGUCGACGCUGCAGCGCCGCUUCGCCAGCACCAUCAAGAAGGUGCAUGCGCGUGAGAUCAUCGACUCGCGCGGCAACCCGACGGUCGAAGUCGACUUGACGACCGAGCAUGGCCUCUUCCGCGCGUCGGUUCCGUCGGGUGCAUCCACGGGCAUCCACGAAGCAGUCGAGCUCCGCGACGGUGGCAAGCGCUACCUCGGCAAGGGCGUGACGCAGGCCGUCAACAAUGUCAAGAACAUCCUUGGCCCCAAGCUCGAGGGCAUGGACCCGACCAAGCAGGUGGACAUUGAUCAGCUCAUGCGCGACCUCGAUGGCACGGACAACAAGGGCAAGCUUGGCGCCAACGCGAUCCUCGGUGUCUCGCUCGCGGUCGCCAAGGCCGGCGCGCGCGCCAAGGGCGUCCCGCUCUUCCAGCACUUUGCCGACAUGAUUGGCAACGACAAGCUCGUGCUGCCCGUGCCCGCCUUCAACGUCAUCAACGGCGGGUCGCACGCCGGCAACGCGCUUGCGUUCCAGGAGUUUAUGAUCCUCCCGACGGGCGCGGCGUCGUUCUCGGAGGCCAUGGCCAUGGGCUGCGAAGUCUACCACCACCUCAAGGGCGUCAUCAAGAACAAGUACGGCCAGGACGCGACCAACGUCGGUGACGAAGGUGGCUUUGCGCCCAACAUUCAGAGCAACCGCGAAGGCGUCGAGCUCCUCAUGUCGGCCAUUGAGAAGGCGGGCUACAGCGGCAAGAUUGAGAUUGGCAUGGACGUGGCCUCGUCCGAGUUUUACACGGCCGACGGUCGCUACGACCUCAACUUCAAGAACAAGUCGAGCACGGACGAGCCGCUCACGGGCGCCGCCCUUGGCCAGCUCUACAAGGACUUGGCGCGCGAGUUCCCGAUCGUCUCGAUCGAGGACCCCUUUGACCAGGACGACUGGGAGAACUACCAGGCGUUCACGGCCGCGAUCGGCAAGGACGUCCAGGUGGUCGGCGACGAUCUUCUCUGCACCAACCCGACGCGCAUCGCCAAGGCUGUCGAGCUCAGCGCCUGCAACGCACUCCUUCUCAAGGUCAACCAGAUUGGCACGGUCACUGAGAGUGUUCAGGCCGUCUCGGACGCCAAGAAGGCGGGCUGGGGCGUCAUGACGAGCCACCGCUCGGGCGAAACCGAGGACUCGUACAUUGCCGACCUCGCUGUCGGUCUCUCGACGGGCCAGAUCAAGACGGGCGCCCCGUGCCGCUCGGAGCGCCUCGCCAAGUACAACCAACUCCUCCGCAUUGAAGAGAUGCUCGGCCGCAGCGCCGUGUACGCUGGCAAGAACUUCCGCAACCCGACCGCGUAAACACUGUCUUCUAACCUAACGUAAACACCCCUCUUCGUCCUCUA